AGUUCUACGUAAAACGACCAGCUGUCAGGUGACUAGUGAAAAUUACAAAUUUACUUUUGUUCGCGCGAUUUAAUACGAUUUAUUGACCACAACAAACAUGAACGGCACUUAAAUUCUAAAAGCAAACAAUCAAAUAGAGUAAUUUGUGGCAUUUGAAUUUCAUAUAAGUGCGGCAACAUUUGCUAGCUUUUAGAGCACAACAAAAACAAAAAAAAGAGCAUUGACAACAACAACAACAACAAACAAGGAAACACAAACAGUGAAGCUUGCCUUCAAGUAGAAUGACGGACACGGAUGUGCAGCUGGAGAAAGUGCCACGCCUUGGACUGCGUCACUUGCAGGCGCUGCUGCUGUUCCUGGGCCUCGUCGUCAAUACCAUACUGCAGUUUAAUGUGGGCGUGGCCGUUGUGGCCAUGACAAAUGCAACAUCCACCAAUGCCGAUCUGCCCUACUACAAUUGGACGGAACGCCAGAAAUCCUAUGUGCUGUCCAGCUUCUAUUGGGGCUCAGCGCUGACACAGUUUCCCGGCGGUUAUCUGUGCAAGCGUUUCGGUGCCAAAACGGUGCUUUUCUGGGGCAGCUUUGGCUCGGCGCUGCUGAGCGCGUGGACACCGCAGAGCAUCUAUGUGGCCGGUUGGCGGGCGUAUUGUGCCAUCCGUUGGCUGCAGGGCCUCUGUCAGGGUGUCACACUGCCCUGCAUCCAUCAGCAUCUGGCCAAUUGGGCGCCAGCCGUGGAGCGGACACGUUUGGGCGCCUUUGCCUACACCGGCUUCGAUUGCGGCAAUGUGCUGGCCAUGUAUGCAGCUGGUAUGUUGGCCAGCUCGUAUCUGGGCUGGCCGGGCAUCAGUUAUACGUCGGCUGCAUUGGGUGUGUCCUGGUGCCUGCUCUGGCUGCUGCUGGGCGCCAAUUGUGCCAGCGAGGCACGCUGCAUUGGCAGCGCCGAGAAGCGCUACAUCGUCGGUGACGUGCAGCGGCGGAGGAGCGUGCGACGGGAGCGCAGAUUGGCGAUACCCUGGCGUGGCAUAUUCACCUCGGCGCCGUUUUAUGCGCUGCUCUGCGCUCGAUGCGCCGACACAUGGGGGCUGGCAACGAUGCAGGCGGAGCUGCCAGCAUAUUUGAAUGGUGUCCUUGGCUUGGAGAUGCACAGCAAUGCGUUCUUCUCGGCGCUGCCCUUUCUGCUGAUGUGGGCCAUGUGCUAUGUGUAUCUGCUCAUUGCCGAUGUGCUGCUCCGGAGGCACUGCCUCAGCUUGACCGCGCUGCGUAAGACAUACAAUAGUAUUGCAUUGUGGACACCAGCUGGCAUUAUGUUGGCCCUUGGCUUUGUGGAUGCCACACAAAAACCGCUGGCCAUCGCGCUGGUCACGUUGAGUGUGGGCGUCAGCAGUGCGGCAACAAUUGGCAGUGAAUUGAACACAAUUGAUCUGUCGCCGGUGCAUGCCAGCAUCCUCUCCGGCAUUCUUAGUACGUUCACCAAUCUGGUGGCAAUGCUCACGCCCCUCGUCGUGGGCGUGCUGGUCAAGGAGCCAACGGAACGCAGCCAGUGGCAGGUUGUAUUCAGCAUUGCGGCCAUGGUGCUCUUUGGCGGCAAUGUCAUCUAUCUGAUUUGGGGCACCGCCGAGACGCAGCCCUGGAACGACAACGAGCCACAUUGCGAGGCGGCGGACAGCGACUUCGAGGAUGCCAAACUGGAGAUUUCAGCAGAGGCAACUGCCAACAAAGCAUUAGCAUAGAUAUGUAGAUAGAUUCAAUGUAAUUCAAUACUUAACACGUGCAUAUCAUUCAUACAAAUUACAUUCAAAUUACUGUCAAAUAGGUCAAAUACGAUUAAGCUUCUUAAGACAGAGUCUCUCUUUCUCUCUCUCUCUCUCUCUCUCUCUCUCUCUGUCUCUGUCUCUGAGGGAGUCAGCGAGGGAUUGGUGUGGAAGAAGUUUGUUGCCAUCCAGUUUAGUCAAUAGUUAAACCAUUAUUAAUUUUUAAUUAAUUUGAUUGAUUAUUCUCUUUUCUCUCUUUAUUUUUGAUCGUUUUAAAACAAAUAUAUUUAAUUAAAGUUUGCGUUCAAAACAAAUAUUUUACUUAUAACUUUUUCAGAUUUGACUGCUAGCUGCAAAUUCC